AUGAAACUCGUCUCGGCGGUCGUCAAUCGUCUCCAUAAAGAGCGAUAUCAGAAACCGAAUUCACAUCCGCAGGUGCCACCGAAUUUGAAGUUGUCCAAUCAUCAACUGGACGAGUUUGUGGAGUCUGUUCUGCCGUGCGCUUUAUUGGCCGUCUUCUCGAAGUACAAAACCGAAUACGCUCCGGCGAUCAUGCGAAAUCUUUCGCAAAUUGCGCCUCGUAUCGUUGUACCGGCCAUUCUAGAUCUAGUGUAUCCAGCGUUGGAGACACUCGUGGAACCGCAUCGACUGAUUCAAUCGCUGAACACUCUGGUGGCGAUCUGUGUUUCGUUGGUGCGUGACGACUCGAAUUUGGGUAAUCGCAAACGGCGUAAACUGCAGACGAUGGAGGAGCUCUCCGGAAAACCGUAUCGAAGUCAUGCGAUCUCGUUGCUUCACGCCGUUCUGCCAGGCCUUGACGCUAACGAUAUCGCCAAAACUGUACUCACUUUCCAGGUG